AUGUUCGAGCUCUACCUACUUGCAGCCACCACACUGCUGGCCUCGUAUUUCUACGCGAGGCUGAACUAUGUGCGCUUCAGCCAAUACGUGCAUAUCCCACGGUUACCAAAUCACCUCCUUUGGGGACAUCUUCAGACAUUUGGUGAAUUCAUGCAGCGCGGUAUACGCGAUCGCCAUCCAGAUGUAAUCUUCGAAGAGAUGUGGGCAUCAAUGGGCCGUCCUCCUAUCAUGCUUGUAGACCUUCGGCCCAUUAAUCGUCCCAUGCUCCUCAUCACCAGUAACAGCAUCGCUGAACAGAUAUCGAAGCCUACCACACUUUUUCCUUUCAGCACGCCCAAAUCCCCCACGUGGACUCACAUGAUUCCCAUCAUAGGAUCGACGUCAAUUUUGGGCAGAGAGGGUACUGACUGGAAGGAUCUCCGCAAAAGAUAUAACCCAGGAUUCACACCUCAACAUUUACGGAACCAUUUUUUUAUCUACUUAGAUCAAUUUGCUGCCUCCAAAGAAGAAUUUUCUCUCGAGAAGCUUAUAUCGAACCUGUCCUUUGAUGUUAUUGGGGCCGCCGUGAUGCAAGUCGACUUAAAUGCACAACACUUAGACCGUUCAAAGCAGGGCGAAGUAAUCAGAUUGUUUGGAGACCUUAUGCAGACAUAUAACGACGACAAGAAUAAUCUCCCUUGGUGGAUCGUUCCUUCAACUACGCUGAAGCGGCACCGGCUAGCGAAGCGUAUUGAUCUGCUCAUAAAAGACACGAUAAAGCAGAAAUAUGCGGAACUAAAAGAAGAAGGGGAAGGGAAUAGGUCCAAAAGCAUUGUCGCGCUUAGUUUCCAGGAUACCGGAACAUUGACGCCCCAACUUCUAUCAGAGACGUCGGACCAAGUACGCAGCUUCCUGUUUGCAGGACAUGAUAAGAUUACAAUUACUAGCACACUGCAGUGGGCUUUCUACGAGCUGAGUCGUACGCCCCGCGCGCUUAAGGCUGUGCGCGACGAACUCAACGAAAUUCUGGGACCUGAGACAGAUCAUCGGGCAGUAUGUACUGCACUCACCCAGAAUGGUGAGCAUGCUCUCCAGAAAAUGCACUACAUCAAUGCUGUUAUCAAGGAAACACUCCGCCUACACGCGCCUGCCGGCACCGUUCGUAUGACAGAGCCUGGGACAGGCUUCACCGUUCGCGCAUCCACCGGUGAGGAGUACUGCACAGAUGGCCUCAUUAUGUACGCAUGCCAUAGUAUUAUUCAGCGAGAUCCGACGGUCUUUGGAGAUACGGCAGAUGACUGGGUACCCGAGCGAUGGUUAGGAGAGGCAUCUCAAAGCAUUCCCGCAACUGCGUGGAGGCCAUUUGAAAGGGGUCCAAGAAGCUGUAUGGGACUGGAGCUUGCGAAUAUCGAGGCACGAGCCAUUAUCGCCAUCGUGGCUCGCAAGUACGAUUUCAUCAAGACGGGCCUGGGUGAGAGCGCCUUAGAUGAGGAGGGGCUUCCUACGUUGAAUGACAAGGGACAGUACAGAGUCAAGUCAGAAUUGUAUAAUACACGAAGGAUGACCUCUAAGCCGGUAGAUGGGACAACAAUGACAAUUAAGCUUGCUAGCGAUUGA